AUGUCUCCCAUUGUUUUUGGUUCCCUCUGCUACCAGUAUCAAGCCUCUGAUGUCAUUGCUCCAUUUGACAUGAUCGCAGGUGGUACCAAGCAGUUAAUGGAAGCUAUCAAGACUUAUUCACCAGACGUUUCCGAUGAAGCAAUCAAGAACGGCCCGGAAUUUGUCUUUCAUCACAUUGCCCUUUCUCGCGACCUCGUGGACCUGACCGCCGGCAUAACUAUAAAGCCUACAUGCACUGUCGAUGACUGCCCUGAGCUGGACAUCCUUCUCCUUGGAGGCCCAAAUCCCGUCACUUUCGAUCUUGACCCUCGAUACGCCGAAUUCAUUCGCAGACACGUCGCUUCAGGAAAGAUACUCUUUACCAACUGCACCGGUGCCUUUGUUGCCGCCAUGACGGGUGUAUUAGACGGCAAAAACGCUACGUGCAACCACAUUGAGUAUGAGUGGGUUAAGCAAAAGUACCCCAAGGUGAAUUGGUCAAAGGACAAGAAGUGGGUUAUCGAUGGAAACCUUUGGACAGGGUCUGGCCCUGUGGCGGGCAUGGAUAUGAUGAUUCACUGGUUGCGCGAGAAAUAUGGGGAGGAAUCGUUUAAAUGGGCGGCUCUGAAUCUUGACUUUGAGCCUCGGGACAUUGACGGAGUUAACGUGGUUCCUUUCCGAUAUGGCCCGGAUGGAAAACAGUUGUUUACCUUUGUUCAUCACUAUUACAGCUCCUACUAA